AAAUUUCCAUUAUAACACCGUUCUCCUCACCUAAUCGAUCCCUUUCAAAAUUCUAGGGUUAGGGUUUCGAAAAUGACGACGAUGGAGAGCUUGAUCGGCCUCGUCAACAGGAUCCAGAGAGCCUGCACUGUGCUCGGCGACCACGGCGGCGCCGACGGCGCUCUUCCCACUCUAUGGGAGGCUCUCCCCUCCGUCGCCGUCGUCGGAGGCCAGAGCUCGGGGAAAUCCUCGGUUUUGGAGAGCAUCGUUGGGCGUGAUUUCCUCCCUCGUGGAUCUGGGAUUGUGACGAGGAGGCCGUUGGUGCUCCAACUUCACAAGACGGAGGACGGGCAGCCUGAGUAUGCGGAGUUUCUUCACAUGCCGAGGAGAAAGUUCACUGAUUUUUCUCUUGUACGCAAGGAAAUUCAAGAUGAAACUGAUAGGAUGACAGGAAAAAGCAAGCAAAUUUCACCAAUUCCCAUUCAUCUCAGUAUUUACUCUCCAAACGUUGUGAAUUUAACACUGAUUGAUCUACCUGGUCUAACUAAGGUUGCUGUAGAGGGGCAGCCUGAGACCAUUGUUGAGGAUAUUGAAAGCAUGGUCCGCACAUAUGUUGAGAAGCCGAACUGUAUUAUACUAGCAAUUUCCCCUGCGAAUCAAGAUAUUGCGACAUCUGAUGCCAUCAAACUUGCUAGGGAAGUUGAUCCAACAGGGGACAGAACAUUUGGAGUCGUAACAAAACUUGAUCUAAUGGACAAGGGAACUAAUGCACUCGAUGUUCUUGAAGGAAGAUCUUACAGGCUGCAGCACCCUUGGGUUGGAAUUGUUAAUCGUUCACAGGCAGAUAUAAAUAAGAAUGUUGACAUGAUGGUUGCCAGGCGAAGAGAACGAGAGUACUUCUCAAGUAGUCCUGAAUAUUCACACUUAGCCAGUAAAAUGGGUUCUGAAUAUCUUGCGAAACUUCUAUCUAGGCAUCUAGAAUCUGUGAUCAAGGCACGAAUUCCAAGUAUCACAUCAUUGAUAAAUAAAAGCAUUGAUGACCUUGAAUCAGAAUUGGACCAUCUUGGUAGACCCAUUGCUGUUGAUGCUGGGGCUCAGUUGUACACUAUAUUGGAACUUUGUCGGGCAUUUGAUAAAAUAUUCAAGGAGCAUUUGGAUGGAGGGCGACCUGGCGGUGAUCGAAUAUAUGGGGUUUUUGAUAAUCAGCUACCUACUGCAUUGAAGAAACUGCCAUUUGACCGUCAUUUAUCCCUUCAAAAUGUGAAAAAAGUGGUAUCACAAGCAGAUGGUUAUCAGCCCCAUUUGAUUGCCCCUGAGCAAGGUUACCGUCGCCUAAUUGAAAGUUCUCUCAGUUUCUUUAAGGGCCCUGCUGAAGCUUCAGUGGAUGCAGUUCACUUUGUUUUAAAAGAAUUAGUGAGGAUAUCUAUAGGCGAGACUCAGGAGUUGAAAAGGUUUCCAACUCUCCAAGCUGAACUGGCAGCUGCUUCUUAUCAAGCCUUGGAAAAAUUCCGCGAUGAGAGUAAGAAGACAACACUGCGUUUGGUCGAAAUGGAAUCAACAUACUUAACCGUAGAUUUCUUCCGAAAGCUUCCACAAGAAGUGGAGAAGGCGGGGAACCCUGCUACAAACACUCCUGCAGCAGAUCGAUAUUCUGAGGGGCAUUUUAGAAGGAUUGCUUCAAAUGUGUCGUCUUAUAUUGGAAUGGUAUCUGAAACGCUGAGACUUUCCGUCCCUAAAGCAGUGGUUCAUUGUCAAGUUAGAGAAGCUAAACGCAAUUUGCUCAAUCAUUUCUAUAUGCUAGUUGGAAGAAAGGAGGCAAAGCAGCUUUCUCAGAUGUUGGACGAGGAUCCAGCCUUGAUGGAGAGGAGGCUACAACUGGCUAAGAGACUUGAACUGUAUAAAUCUGCGAGAGAUGAGAUUGACUCGGUAGCCUGGGCAAAAUGAUGACGGUAGUCUGGCUGCGUCUCAUGUAUCUGUAUAAUUAUAGUGAUUCCUUUUCUUUAUUUAUUGUUGUUGGUUUGCAAAUUCAUGUGUUUUGAUAUGGGCGAGGAACUUGCGUGUGCUUAUUUUCAUCCAGUUAAUGAAUGUAAACGCGUUUGUGUAAAUUUUGAUGUGAUGUUCUCUUAUUAUUAUGAUGAUACAUCAUAGUGUUCUCUUAUUAUUAUGUAACCCUUCAUUGGUGAUUGAACAAAAUUGGUUUACAAUA